CAAGUGAGCAGGGAUGGAUGUGUUUGGUGGAGCGCCACGGUUCCUGGCCUACCCUCGUCCUGUGGUAGUACAAAGUGGCACAGAUGCAGUUCUAAAAUGCCAGAUUGGUGGGGAUCCCAGACCAGCAGUUAUAUGGGAGAGAAACAAUGAGAAAAUUCACCCAGAGGGCAGAUACCGGGUGUUUGAGGAUGGCAAUGUCUACAACCUUAUCAUAACCUCUGUGACAGUGGAGGACAGUGGACAAUACAUCUGUAAGGCCAAGAACUGCAUUGGAGAGACUUACGCAGCAGCCACUUUGAAAGUAGAAGGUGAAGCACAAGAGAUGGAGUUUCGGGAGGAAAACAAGCCACGCUUCCUCAUCAAGCCCCUCUCAACUAGAGUUGGACGAGGAGAGGAUGCCGUGUUCUCCUGUAAGCUGUGGGGAAACCCCAGACCAGAAGUGAUGUGGGAGAAGGAUGGCAAGAAGUUAAAUGAGAUCUUUGAAAGCACACAUUUCACCAUCAGCUAUCAGGAUGGAGGAUGGUUCCAACUAAAGAUUUUCAAGACAAGAGCACCAGAUGGAGGGGUGUACAUGUGUAAGGCCAGGAAUGAAUUUGGAGAGAGUCUGGCAGGGGCUGUGCUAUUGGUGGAUGCUGGACCAGGACAUGAGGAUGAAGGGAACCGUAACGGUUACACUAACGGCCACUGGAAAGCAUAUCAGGGAAAACAGAGUAGGCAAAGUAGUAGGCAAGUUGCAACAAGGCUGAAAGAUGAUCCACUGCCAAACUCAGCCAAAGUAAAAAUGUUUGCAGUGACAGAAGGGAAACAUGCAAAGUUUCGAUGCUAUGUAACAGGGAAGCCAAAACCUGAAAUAUUAUGGAGAAAAGAUGGGAGACUUAUCUUAUCUGGUAGACGGUAUCUUUUGUAUGAAGACAGAGAGGGUUACUUCACACUUAAAGUUCUCUACUGCAAACAACAGGACAAUGGAGUUUAUGUCUGUUCUGCCUCAAACACAGCAGGGCAAACCCUGAGUGUGGUACACCUUAUCGUCAAAGAGCCACCUGUCCGAUUUAAGCAACCACUGAAUGACUUGCAAGUAUGGGAGAGAGACUUAGCUGUUCUUGAGUGUGAAGUUCCUGAGGACUCUGUUCCAAUCACAUGGUACUUAGAAGACAGGCGACUACAACCUGGAGCCAAAUAUGGGAUGGAGGAGUGGGGGACAAUGCGGCGACUCACAAUUCGUGAUAUUGGGGUUGAUGAUGAUGGUAUAUAUCUAUGUGAAAUGGCUGAUGGGGGCAGAAGCAUUGCUGAGGUAGCAGUCAAAGGAACCAUUGUAAGAAAGCUGCCACGAAAAGUUGAUGUUCUGGAGGGGGAAAAUGCAGCCUUCUGUGUGGAAGUGGAGGAGGAAGAAAUGGACAUUCAUUGGUACAAAGAUGGAACAGAGCUAAGGGAGACCCAUCAGACCAUUGUCAAAUCCUUUGGAAGGACACACAUCUUGGUCUUUGUCAACACCACACCACAAGACUCUGGUUUGGUCAUGUUCUAUGUGGGUAGAUCGAAGACGUCAUCUCAGCUAAGGGUGAAAGCUGCAAGGCACUGUCCACCAAGCUGUCCUAUAGGGGUACAGAUAAACACAGAGCGAGCGAAUGCAGCUCUCCUGUCCUGGUUUCCAGCACAAGACUCUCGAAAGAAUCCACCUUCAGGGUAUAUAAUUGAAAGACAAGAAGUUGGCUCACAGGAGUGGCUGCAAUGUUUAACCACAGACUCUGCAACCUCAGUGGAGAUUCUUGGCGACAGCGUUCCAUGCGAGGCAGACUACAGAUUUCGGAUAUGCAGUGUCAACAAGUAUGGAAGGAGUGGAAAUGUAGAGUUCCCUCGAGCAGUUCAUCUCGUUCCAGUUGCCAGAAUCCAAGCCCCUCUACAAGAUGCUUUAGUGCCAGAGGGCCAGGUUGCCUGCUUUACCAUUGAGCUCUCUGCCUCAGUUAUAGGCACUUGGUUCUUAAACGGAAAUCAGCUUCAAGAUGAUGAACGUUUCUCCAUAAGGCGUUCGCGUACACACCAGUCCCUACGCAUUCGUGGGGUACGGAACACAGACAAUGGAGCAGAGAUCACCUUCAUUGCCUAUGGAAUUCGAGAUUCUGCUGCUUUGUACAUACAAGCUCCACUGGUAAAAUUCACUCCACUUUCUGAAAUGGAUCGAAACAAAUUUGUGGAGGUUGGCAACCCUAUAGUGCUCUACUGUGAGCUCUCAGACCCUGAGGCUCCAGUUCGUUGGUAUAAGAAUGGUGUUGAACUUCAUACAACGGAACGUCUGCACAUCCAAUCAGAAGGAACAAUGAGGAGGAUUGUCAUCCAAUCAGCUGAUUUCUCCCACUCAGGAGUUUAUAGUUGUGACGCUAUUGAUGAUGUCAUCAGGUUUAACGUGGAGGUUGAGGCCCCACCAGUGAGGUUCUUAGUCCUUCCAGAGGAUGAUAGGAACAAGUCCAUUGAAGCAGGCUCACCGAUAGCACUGCAAUGUGAGCUCUCAGAUCCACUCGCCCAGGUCUCCUGGUAUAAAGAUGGUGUGAAACUUUUACCACAAAGUGGACUAGACUUCAAAUCCAAGGGCACAAAGAGGCAACUAAUUGUCCAGGCAGCUGAAUUUUACCAUUCAGGGGGGUACAGCUGCAAGACAAGGGGUAAUGCUGUCCACUUCAAUGUGGAUGUUAAAGCCCCACCUGUGAGGUUCUCUGCUGUCCCUGAGGUUAAUAGGAGAAAGUGCAUUGAAGUAGGCUGCCCCAUUGUUCUGCAGUGUGAGGUUUCAGACUCUACUGCACAGGUCCAGUGGUACAAAGAUGGGGCUCAGCUCCUUGUAAAAUCUGGAGUAGACUUCAACUCAGAUGACUGUAUGAGAACACUCAGUAUUCAAUCAGCACACCCGUCUCAUGCCGGUGUGUACAGCUGCACAACAAAGGAUGAUGUCAUCAAGUUUCAUGUGGAGAUAAGAGCUGCACCGGUGAGGUUCUCAGCUGUUCCUGAAGCUGAGAAGAAUAAAUGCAUGGAAGCUGGUGGACACUUUGAACUCCGCUGUAAGGUCUCAGACUCUACAUCCCAAGUCAGCUGGUUCCACAACAAUACGCAGCUUCAGCUAGAGAGUGGUUUGGACAUUCAGUCAGAAGGAGAUGUAAGGACUCUGGUAGUCAAUCCAGCUGAACCCACUCAUUUUGGAUUGUACCACUGUGAAUCAUCUGACGACUCUGUCCCGUUCACUGUGGAUAUCAAAGACCCACCAGUGAUGUUCUCAGCAUUACAAGACAGCGUGAAGGACCAGCUGGUUGAAGCAGACUACUCCACUGAUUUGCAAGGUGAGAUCUCAGAUCCAAAUGCCAAUGUGUGUUGCUACGAGGAUGGUGUAGAGCUUGUCUCAAAAAGUCAGCCUCAUAUCAAAUCGGAGAGAACCAGGAGGACAUUAGCUGUCAAGACAGCACAGCCCUCUAACUCUGGAUGGUACGACUAUGUGAGAACGGGUGAUGUCAUCCAGUUUAAUGUACAAGACCAAGGGCCACCACCAACAUUUUUGGCUGAUCCUGAAGAUGAGAAGACCAAAUGCACUGAGGAAAUGGAACAUGUUGCAUUACAUUAUGAAAUUUCAGAUUUGACUCCGUAUGUCAGCGUGACAAAAGAUGACAAGGUCAUCCUCUCUCAAUCUAAGCCUGAACCUGAAGUUCACUCAGACACAUCCAGAAGAACUAUAAUCAUCCAUGCACCUGAGACAUCUCUUUUUGAAGUAAACACCCAAAAGACACCAGAUGAUCCCACCCCGUUUGAAAUGGACCAAGCAGAACUGUCUCACUAUGAGGUGUUCAGUGGUGAGACCUAUGAUGACUCUGUCCAGUGCACUGUGGAUAUAAAAGCUCCACCAGUGACAUUCUCCAGUGUCCCUGAGGCUCAACGGACCAUAUGCAUUGAGUCAGGAAGACCCUUUAAACUACAAUGCCAAAUCUCAGACCCUGAUGCACAAGUCUGGUGGUACAAAGAUGGGAAUGCAGUGCUUCUUCAAGAUGGCACUGUUACAAUGUAUGAGGAAGCAAUGAGAACACUCUCUGUGCAAAGUGCUGAAUUAUGUCACAGCGGAACAUACAGCUGCCAGACAAACAAUGACGCCAUCUCAUUCCAUGUGGAAAUCAAAGAAGUGGAGAAGAACAAGUCCACUGAAGUACACUUACCAAAUGUUCUGAAAUGUGAUAUAAAAGACUCUACCACUGAGAUGCUCUGGUGCAAAGAUGAUAUAGAUCUGGCCCCAAAACCUGGGCUCAAUUUCCAAAAAGAUGGAAAUAUGAAGAAACUAACUGUCCAAUCAGCAGACAUGUCUGAUACUGGAAACAACACAUGUAAUGCUCCAGGUGAUACCAUAUCAUUCAAGGUGGAUGUUCAAGCACACUCUGUUAGGUUCUCAGCACUCCCAGAAAUUGCGAGGAACAAGUUUAUCGAAGCAGGCUGUCCCAUUAUACUUCAGUGUGAAAUCUCAGACUGUACUGCCCAAGUUUCCUGGCUCAAAGAUGGAGUUGAACUCCAACAAGACAGUGGACUUGACAUCCAGUCAGAGGGCACUAUGAGGAAAAUGAUCAUCCAAUCAGCUGAGCUCAAACACUCAGGCGUGUACAGCUGUGAGGCUGUGGAUGAUUGCAUAGCAUUCAAGGUGGAUGUUGCAGCACCUCCUGUAACAUUUGGCUACAUACCAAAAGAUGAUCUGCUCAAAAAUAUUGUGGAACAAGACAAUCUACUCCUUUGCUGUCAAGUGUCCAGGUCAGAUGCUACUGCACAAUGGUACAAGGACGGAGCAGAACUAAAGCCUUGUGACAACAUCCUCAUAGAAGCAGAAAACACUAUACAAAGACUGAUCAUCCCUUCAGCUCAACUCUCAGAUUCUGGGACAUAUACCUGUCGGGCUGGAAAUAGUGCAUUAUUAUUUAAAGUUAAUGUAAGAGCAAUUCUCUUUUGCUUUACAGAACCUCCAGUGAUGAUUGUAUAUCCCAAGGAAGAUGUCCAGCUUGAUCGCUUUGUUCCUGAAGAAAUUGUUCUUAGCUGUGAACUUUCACGGGCAAAUGGAAAGGUGACAUGGUUCAAGGAUGGACAGAAACUACAGGAGAGUGAAAACAUAAAGCUAAAGACAGAGGGUCCAUAUAGACGGCUAAAAAUUCUACACAGUGGUGUUGAGGACUCUGGAGAAUAUGUCUGUGAUGCAGCUGAUGAUUCAAUAUUCUUCAAUCUAAACAUAAAAGAACCCCCAGUGCGCAUAGUUUCUCCAAGCCAAUCCCAAAUGGAACUUUGCCAGCAGACUUCUGAAAGGAUGGUCCUGAGCUGUGAAAUCUCUAGACCAAACGCCACUGUACGUUGGUAUCGAGAUGGACUUGAAGUAGAGGAGAGUGACAGCCUAAUUCUGGAGGUUGAUGGUGUCUAUAGGAGACUUAUUAUCCCAAAACCUACCGUCAAAGACUCUGCAGAAUAUGUCUGUGACACCGCUGAUGACUCAGUGACCUUCUUUGUAAACAUUGCAGAGCCACCAGUUAGAUUUAUUCGGCCAAGGAAAAUGGCCUAUGGAGUAGAGAAACUUGUGGGAGACACUGUGGUUCUGGAGUGUGAAGUGUCUCGACCAAAUGCUGAAGUCACCUGGAAGAAGGAUGGAGAAGAGAUAGAGGAGAACAGCAACAUAACUAUCACAGAGGAUGGCACAAGUCGACAUUUAACCAUUCACUCUGCAGCUUUUGAAGACACAGGGCAAUAUGUCUGUGAUGCUAGAGAUGAUGUGAUGGAUUUCCUAGUGAAAAUCAAAGAUCCACCACUAAAAAUUCUGCGAAAAGCUGACCUAAAAACAAAGUGCCGAUUUUUAGCAUCUGAUGCUAUUGUGUUAAAAUGUGAGAUCUCAAGACCAAAUGGAGUGGUCAGUUGGCUUAAAGACAAUGAGAAGAUUGAGGGAAAUGAGCAUUUCAUCUGUGAAGAGGAAGGGACAUUCAGAUCUCUGAUUGUCCCCAGUGCUGAAUUGAAGGACUCAGGGGAGUACAUCUGUGAUGCACAAGAUGAUAAAGUUGGCUUCAGUGUUACUGUAGAAGAGGCUCCAGUGUCCAUUAUUGGAAAUUCAGAGAAGCCAGAACACCACAUUUUAAUGACAGGAGAUGAUCUUAUCCUGGAAUGUGAGGUAUCUCGAGUAAAUGCUAUAGCCCAGUGGUACUGCAAUGGAUGUUUGCUACAAGAGGAUGUACGCACACACAUUGUAAGCAGAGAAACAACAAGAAAGCUUGUGCUGUCAGGACUUCAGACAUCCGACUCUGGAGAGUAUCUCUGUGAUGCCAUUGAUGACAAAAUGAUAACUAGGCUAACAGUUCAAGAACCCCCAUUUAAAUUCAUUAAAAAAGAUGAAAGAACAAAUAUUUCAGCCUAUGAAGAAGACAGUGUGACACUACGUGCCACUGUUAAUAGGGUCAGUGCCCCAGUGAAAUGGCAGAGAGGCCAUAAUCCAAUCAGAAGUGAUCGUUUCCACACAACAAGUGAUGGUAACACCCACUACCUCACUAUUAACCCACUUAAGAGAUGUGAUACUGGAGAGUAUACGUGUCAUGUGGAAUCUGACGAGAUGCAUUUCAUUCUCCAUGUUAAAGCAAUGAAGGUAAAAUUCUCCAAACCACUAGAAAAUGUAGUGGGACUCAAAGGUAGUGAUGUGGUUUUAAAAUGUGAACUGUACAAGUCCAAAGGAGAUGUUCAGUGGCUUAAAGGCAAUCAAGAGAUUGCACCAAACAGACACUUUACAAUCAGAGCUGAGGGUCGAGUGAGAAGCCUGACAAUACAUGAUGUCACAGAAGAUGAUGCAGGAGAGUAUGCUUGUGAAUCUAAAGAUGAAAGGAAAUCAGCUACUGUAGUGGUCAAAAUUCCUCGCAUUGUGGAGUUUAUCGCAGAGCUACACAACAUAACUGUCAUGGAAGGAGAAGACGCAACAUUUAAGUGUAUGGUAUCUCCAGAGGAUGCAAAGUUGGCCUGGUUUAGGAAUGCCCAGCCAAUUUCAUCAAAUGAGAAGUUCAGCAUCUCAAGUAAUGGAUUAUGCCAUGUGCUGCAUAUCACCAACUGCCAAGUCUCAGAUAGCUGCAAGUUAACAGCCGAGGCUGAAGGUGUGAUUUCCAGAGCUACCCUUCAAGUCCAAGAGGCACAGGUGCUUUUCACAAAGAGCUUGUGCCCGGUAGUUGCAGAGGAGUUUGGUGAAGCAACGCUUGAGGUGGAGGUCAGCCUUGAAACUGCAGAGGUACAGUGGAUGAGACAAGGAGUGGUAAUACAUCCAGGGUCCAGAUUCAUCCUGAAGCAGAAUGGCAAAAAGCGUUCUCUCACAAUCCACAAACUGACACUUUCAGACCGUGGCACCUACAGCUGUGAAACGCUUCAUGACCGUACACAAGCCAAGCUCGCUGUGGAACCACGAAAAAUCAAGAUUUGGAAAGGUCUAACUCAGAUCCAGACUUAUGAACGAGAGACGGCUUCUUUUGAGGUGGAGCUGUCACAUAGCAAUGUGGAGGGUGUAUGGCAGAAGGAUGGGCACAUUCUCAAAAACAACAACCGUUUGCGUAUGACUGCGAAAGGGCAAGUACACAGCCUAACCAUCUCCAACCUGACCUUGGAUGACACUGGAACCUACAUAUUCUCUGUUGACACCAUCAGAUCAAUAGCAAAAUUGGACGUUAAAGAAAUUCCUGUAUCAAUUCUGAAAAAGCUUGAGGAUAUCAGGCAACCAGAGGGAUCUGGUAUAACCCUUGAAUGUGAGCUCUCACGGCACAACGUGGACAUAAAGUGGACAAAGAAUGAUGUACAUCUUAAACCAGGAAAAAAUAAUCGUAUUUAUUCGAUGGGAAGAAAGUGUUUCCUACAGAUACUGAAGUGUGAGCUGGGAGACUCUGGUUUAUAUGUGUGUGAUGCUGGAGAUGCCACAACAUCCUGUACAGUGGAUAUCUAUGAGAGGGAGCUUGAGAUACUACAAAGCUUAGAGGAUCUGGAUAUUCAAGAAGGUCAGAAUGCAGUGUUCGUGUGUGAAGUGUCCCUGGAUGAUGUGCCCGGAGAGUGGUUUAAGAAUGGCGAGAAGAUAAAACCAACCAGCACCAUUAAGAUCCGUCAGGAAGGGACAAAGCACUUCCUCCUCAUAUGCAAUGUCAAAGAAGACGAUUCUGGAGAAAUGAAGUUUGUUGCCAAGAAUCUUGAGACAACAGCUUACCUUGAGGUGGAAGCACUACCAGCAAACAUUGUGAAACCACUUCAGGAUAAAACUGCUCUGGAAAAGACCCGUGUCAUACUGGACUGCACUGUGACAAAUCCCCGUUGUAGCAUUCGCUGGUAUAAGGGCCCAAAUGUCAUCCUGCCCUCAGAACACUUUGAGAUCUGCAGUGAAGGAUGUUACCGAAAACUUGUGAUUCAGCAGGUGUUGCUGGAAGAUGAGGGCACCUACAGUGUUCAAGUUGGAAACUUCACAUCUUCAGCAAAACUAACUGUUGAAGCUCAAUCGGUCCUGAUGGUGCGAGAGCUGCAGGAUGUGGAUGUAACAGCUCCUGCUGACGCAUGCUUUGAAUGUGAAGUCUCUGCGCCAGUGGCCAAGGCACCUACCUGGACGCUGAAUGGGGAGACGCUGCAUCCUGGUCCUAAAGUUGUGGUAGAGAAAAUGGGAACCGUUCAUAAGCUCACUCUCAUACAAACAUCUGAAGACAUGGGUGGCACCGUGUGCUUUAUUACUGGGAGAGCUAAAAGCACUGCACAUCUGCAGGUCAAAGGUAUGCCACUGAGAAACAACACAUAAGCACUUACAGUGCAUAAUACUCAGCUACGCCACUAUUUACAUACAAAAACACCAAAUGAAAUGAUGAAACUAUUAACUCUUUUGAUGUGUCUGAAAUUGAGAGCGCUAUCAUUAAUUUAUUUGAAAUCAAAAUUAUAAAUCUUUAGUGUCAUGUUUUACACAUUAUAUCCCACUUUACAUGGUUUACCAUCCAUAACAUAAUAAUAGUUCAGUUUUUCUAAAUUUAUGAUCAAAUGCAUUGUGCUUUAUAAAAAAAUACACAAAAUGAAUAACACCAGGCCAGAUAUCCUUAUGACUUAAGUUUCUUGCACAGUAAUUUGGUAUUUAAUUUUAGAAAUUUGUGUAUACUGUAUAUCCUUGUAUAGAUAUUCUUUGUGUAGUUUUUUUUUUAUUAUUAUUAUUUUGUGGGAUGCAGAUUAAAGUGAGGUUAAGGCAUGUAAUACAAAUGUGCAGGGCCAAAGAUGAUCAAAAGAGCAUUUGGGAUGGAAAUUGACUUUUACAAAGGAAGGGAAACAUUUACAUAUAAAUGAAAAUGGUUUUGAGUUUUAAUAGUUUGCUUCUGUUGUAAGAAAAGUAUGUCACAGUUCAUGCCUUUUUACUUAAGUAUCCAAAUAAAGUGCUGCAGUUUCCUCUUGUUUAUCAA